UCUGCCUCCAUACCAUCAGCUGCUGCUCUCCACGCGUGGCUCACAUUUACACUGUUGUUUAGUCUGUUUCCGGGCAGAAGUUGAAGGAAUACAAGACGUUUUGUUGUCCAACAUGGGAGGACAGGCCAAAGGGAAGAAGAAGAGUAAACCGAAGAGGAACGAGAACCGUCCCAACAGGGAUGCAGGAAUUGUGGGAUUGACGCCUCAGGAGCGGAUGAAAGUAAGAAUGCAUGAAAAAGCCAAAAGGAAGACAGCUGAGAAGUACCCUGUGCUGCAGCUGCUGGAGAAGACAGAGGAAUGCAUGGACAGCUUGGAGUUUGAGAUGGCUGGUCUUUUCUGUCAACGAGCCCUGGAUGUGGAGCCCACCAACCUCCAAGCUCUAGAAAUGCUGGGACACAUCUGCUCUGAACUAGGAGACACACUCAAAGCUAAGGGAGCUUUCCUGCGAGCAGUGGAGCUGAGCCCCGAUGAAGGACACAGUAAGUACAUGAACCUGGGACAGAUCCACACAGGUCAGGAGGCUGUGGACUUCUACACUAAAGGAAUACAGGUCCUAAUGUCUGUAUUGGAGAAACAAGCAGAGACAACACAGGCUCAGGCCGGAGCUACUUCUCGGGAAGCAGAUGAGGACUCCCAGCUCCCAACAGCGAAAGAUGUUAGCGCAGCCUACUGCUCCAUCGCUGAGAUUUACCUCACAGACCUCUGCAUGGAAGAAGGAGCUGCAGACAAGUGCAGAGAGUUUGUCGAGAAAGCAUUGCAGUAUCACCAUGACAACCCUGAGGCUCUACAGCUCAUGGCCAGUUACCUGUUCAGUACAGAGAAAAACCAGGAAGGCAAAGAAUACCUGUUGAAGAGCGUCGGAUUGUGGCUUCCUGCCCAGAAACAGACUGCAGCUUCCUCCAGCACAGACGAGCGCAUGCAGAGUGAAAUCCCCCCCUACGAGUCUCGCAUCACUACGGCCAAACUGCUCAUCGAGUCUGAGGAGUACGAGAUGUCCGUAGACGUGUUGGAGGGUCUUCUGGAGGAGGACGAUGAGGUCGUCCAGGUGUGGUAUCUCUCCGGCUGGGUGUGUUACCUCCAGCUGGAAAAAUCAAAGGAGCAGCAAGAAAGAGAGGGAAGGGAAGUGACGGAAGAGGAGACGGAGGAGUGGAUGGCGCUGAAGGAGGCUGCCAGAUCGUACCUGACCAACGCAAAGAAGCUGUACAGUAAGCUGCGAUGUGAUGACCAUCCGAUUUUGGAGCACGUGGAGAAGCUGCUCGGCGAGCUGGGAGGAGAGAUGGAAGCAGAGGAGGAAGACCCAGCGCUUGAUGAGGACUAUGAACCCUGUAGUGAUGAAGAUGAUGAUGAUGUGGACAACGCGGAUGCACCAAUGGAAUACUGACCGAACCCCUGUUGUUUGUACCAUGUGAUUUCACUUAUCACCAUUAUCCCUCUAGUUUCAGUGUUACCCUGUGUUCUCUAAAGUGCCUUUUUACCGGUUAUCCUUUGUCAUCCAUUUAUCAGUGAUGAAAUCUGACAAUGAAAUGAGAUGCACGGAAAAAAACGAGUGAUAUUAAAAGCUUCAGUGUACUCAA